AUGUUGCUAGGGUUGGUGGCAUUUCUGGUGUUCCUGGCGAUAAUGCUGAAAUUGGUACGGGACGAUGAGAAAAAAAAGAAAAAAGUCGCGGCGACGAUGGAGAAAGAGGAGCGUGUCGAAAUGAGGAAUGAGUCAGUGGGUUGGCAACUUGGCGGCGGCGAGAACGAGGAGGACGAGGAGGUUCAAGAAGAAGAAGAGGAAAGAGAGAACCGACCAUUGAUCGUGAUCGCCACGGAAGUGACGACGACGACGUCGAAACCCAUGGAGCAUCUCGACGCCGAGCAACGCUCUGCCAUAUUUCAUCUGGAGGAGUGUCUUCGGGACGAUGAAGACGACCAGAAGACGUUGGAGGUGCUCAGAGUCCAUCGGGAGCUCGAUCAUACUCCUAUUCUCACUGUACAGGUUUUUUUUUUGCAAAAUGUUUUGUUUGUGAAGAAUCGUGUGACUUUUUUCUUUCAAUGUUUCAAAACCUUCUCUGUCUUUUGGAAAGAAAGAUAGCUUGAAGAUUAUUACGAAUUUGUUUAGAGUCGGACUUCUGAUAAUUCUAUACGAUUUUCUAGUGUUUCAGACUAUUUUCUUUUUUGAUUUUCAAAGCUCUUCUUGUUUUUUUAGAGUUUUGAUUUAGCAGCUACGAUUUUUUUAGUACUGAUUAUUUGCUGGUUUGGCGUCGAAGUCUUUCAUGCUGCUAUCCAUGACUCGAAAUUCCUGUUUCGUGAUGAAGAUUUUUCUUUUUUUAUAGUCAAAGAUUAAUUAGUUUCAGAAAAAUGAAUGCCGUAGUCAUCAGAUGUUGAUUCCGAUUUUGAUGAUUGUUAGAAGAAGUUUUUCUUCUUUCAAAGUUCGGGCGCUUUGAUUCAAAUGAUUAUAUUUUAAUCUAAGAAUAUUCAGUGUACUACCUCGAGAGCUAAUUUCAAUUUUUUUUUUGCAGUAAUAAUGGUUUUUUUUCAUAUAUUUCAACAUUCAAUUGGUAAUUGGAUAUUCUGUAAUUGGAUAAGGCAUCUCGAGGACUUCCUCUCGUUUUUCCUUUGUUUGAACGGCGGUUUUUUCUUCCGAUUGAUAACAUUGCUCCGCGGGCAAUUUGAGAUAGAAUAGAGGAAAAGGCGUUUCCGUUCGUCCUCUUUUUUUUUGCCUCACAAAAUUGCACCGUCGAUCUUUUGUCCUUGAAACUGUUGUUUUCGUUUCGAGGUUGCGAAGUGCGGUACCUUCAGGAAACAUUUCCUUGAAGCAUAUCGUCUUUUCGGACUUUUUAGAAUAAGACUCGAAAUGAUCCCUCAAAAAAUUAUGGUGAAGCUUGGCAGUGUGCAAUAAUUCUUUUAAAGAUUUUUCUUGUUCCUUUCUCUUAAUUUUCAAUAUUUGUAUUUUUCAUUAACUCAUUAUUGAGAGCUGGAUGCAAUCGUUUCGACCUUCUUCCUAAACUUAUGAGGAAGUUUAUUAAAAGAUUUUUUGCAAAAAAAAAUAAGCUAAGAAUUUGAAAAAAAUGUGUUUUAUACAAUAAAGUACCUCGAACGACUUUUUCUUACAAAUUUUUUCGACCUCAAUCUCGAUCUUAUGUAAAGGAUCACUAAAAGUGCCUGCUCUCAUUUCGAAGCUCCUAUUUUUUUGUCAGAAUUUGAUCUUUCCACAAAGUUGAAGAAGAAAAUAUCGCAAUAUAUUUUUUUCAAUAACUAAAUCUCAAGGCGCACCUAAUCGGGGCGGUAGAUGUGAAGACGACGGCGGCGGCGGCGGUUUUGCGCGCGGAAAACGCAAAUAUGAAUAUACAUAAAGGUGCACACAAACAGACACGCAAGCAUCCAUGGUUGGUAUGAGCAAACGAUUGGCCUCGACGAUUAUUCAUCCCCUCGUCGGCUGUGACGAUGAUGAUGGCCGCCGUCGUGGUGGUGGUCAUCGUCGGCGUAAUCUUUCUUGUUUGUUUGGUUUGGUUGGGCCUCGGCUGACCGUUUUGUGGUUUUUGGGCCAAUUCAGACUUGUUAUGGGGACCAUCCCAACUGCUUAAAUUUUCAUUUUCGGAUUUUUUGACAGAAGUUCUUUUAUUUUAUUUUUCUGUAGCCGGUUUUUUGAAAGCUUUCUCAAGCGAGUGAUUCUAUUCAAACUUUCUGGGUUUGAAAAAACUGGUCUGAAACCUUUUUUGAUGUACUAGAACAUUUUGAAGCUUCAACCUGUAGACUUUGACAUUUUCAAAAACAAUUCCUCCCGGAAAAAUCUUGAAGCUCAUUUUCGAGAGCUGAAAAUAUUAAACGCUCGGCAAGCAUGAAAUGUCUCAUUUUUGACACGUUUCACACUGUCUCACUCAUUUGUUCUCCCUUUUCACAUCGGAUCACGGUCGGAAACUUUUUUACAGUUUUUAUUUGUUGCUAGCCGCAUUAAUACCUUUCUUCACGCGGAAACGCGCAAAUUCGAAAGUUUAUAAAGUAGGUCUGGCUGGGGUCAGGGCUAGUCGCGUGUCUUUUUUGGUCAGUUCUUGUUAUUUUUUCUUUUCUUGAUCUUUUUUCUCCGAUGAGGACAUCCAUGUUGUCCCGAAUCGUGUUUUGAGGUCGAAAUUUGGGUGGAAAUGAGCCUUUCUCGACGUGAUUUUUAAGGACGAAAGUGUAAAAAACUAAAUAAAGAAGUGAAAGCUCAGAUUUUUCCAUUUUCUUGAGGAUAAUUGAAGCUUUGAAAUCGGGAAUAUCCUUGGAUAGAAGCCAGGUUUGGCGUCAGUCAGGGACGGAUGUUUGUACAGGAGUAGUUGUGGCUGUAGUGGGCGCCGUUCUUUUGUUUGUUGGCCUCCGCCUACCGGGCGGCUUCUUUUGGGCUCAGAUUUUGCAGUUAUUGUUGUAGUUGCCGUCUUUGCAUGUCAAGUGCUUGGAGCGUGUUGUUCUCCGGAUUUUUUGGGUCAUAAAGCUUCUAAAAAGACGGUGAUCUGGCAUCAUUGCUCGCUUUCUGUAACUGUUCUAAAAAAAUUGAAUUCCUAUUCGCUCCUAUUUGAAAAAUUUUCAUGAGAGAGAGAGCUGUUACUGGUAGGACGAAUUGAUAUACCAUUCCUUCAUUUGUUUUUAAAUGACUUUCGCUCUCAAAACAGCUUGAUUGAGAUUUUUUUUUCCUUAACGGACUUUCCUCAACUUCAUCAUUACUGUGGGAAAACCAUUUAAAAAUAAAAACGUCAAACCUGAUUUAUAUUAACUUAGAAAUGUAACUCGGUUUUUCGAAAAAAAGAAAAGAUUUUUUUUUUCAGUGUCUCAUUGCUGUAUUAAUUUUCUCUGAUUUUUGAGCUUUCGAGCCGUUUCACAAAACAUCUUCUAACUGAUCAGCAACGGAUCGUGAGCUUUUUGAAGAAAGUAAAUACAACGUGUUGAGAAGAAAAAUCUUGAAACCGAAAAAAAGAAGAUUUCCCUCGGCGCGGCCGACCUCUUUGAUCUACUUUCUCGUUAAUUUAGGGCGUUUUCUAUUGAUUUCUUUUUUCUUAUCUGAUUUCGCAGGAACGUUUUGCAGAGCUAGGCAAUUUCUGAUAAUUAUUUCUGAAGACUGAUAAUUACAGCUUUGAUGGAAAAAUGACGUCUUUUGAAGUUAAGAAUUUUUUGACGGAAUUCGCCAUUUUCUUUCGAGUUCCAAUUUUUUUAAACCUAUGAAAUAAUAGUGAGUUUGUUUAUGAAUAUUUUGAGUAAGAUUAAUUUUGAGUCAUUUUAGCGCUUUCGUGUGAACAAAGUGAUAAUCUGCUAUUUUGGUCCUCAAAAACAACCUAAAAUUUUGAAGUGUUAUCAAUCAAACUGAUUUUCCACGUUCACAUCAGAGUCAAUCAGUUUCCGAGUCUUUUUUUUUCGAUUUUUCGGUUCCAUUUCUCCAGUUGUUUUGUGAUCCCUUUGUGUGUCCCGGAGACGUUCGCCUAAUUGGUUCAGGUUUCCCGAAAAAAUUUUCGUCUUUUUUCAUGGAAGUCGUGUGGUUUCAAUUUUGUUGCAAGGAACGUAUUCUUACAGUUUACUAUAAAGUUUUCGCGGUUUUUCUGAAAAGUUCCUCUUGUGUCUGAUAAGAUUAGAUUCUCUUGCAUCGUUGUUUGCUGAAGGAUCGCAUUUAUUGAUGUUAAAAAAAUCAAACUGAUAAUCUAAGAUUUAGCUAAAAUGAAGAAAUUGUACAAAUAUAGUGGUGAAGGUCUUCAUGAAAUUUGGUUUUCCAGCUUUUGAUCUACAUCAGAGAAGUUUAAUUUAGCUUUCAGCGUUUUGCAGCAUUUCUUUUUCAUGACUCUAAGAUUCUUGAAUGGAACUGACGAAGUUAUUUUCAGGAGUCCUGUUCAAUUAUUUCCAAACUUUUUCUCAAUUCAUUCACGUUCCAAUGACUCACAAGUAAACUUGUUCGAUUGAGAAUGCGUCAUCUUUUUCACGUGAAAUUUUGUUUGGGAAAAAGUUCAUGUUCAUUUUGUACAUUUUCUCUCUCUCUAACCCCGUGAGUAUUUUCGAGUUUUGAAGUAAUUUUUAACAACAAAAAAAAUGGAUAAUUUCCCUUGAGUUUAACCUUUUCGUCGAUAAAGGUGCAGUUAUCUUUCAGCUAUAAAGAUGAAGUUUAUUGAAAAUUUUUAAGACCUCUUUUUUGAAAAAAAAAAGCUGGGAAACAAAUGAGAACUUUCAGUCGAACAGGUUGCAUAGCAGCGGGUUUUCUUUCAAUUACGUAUUGGAAAUUAUAGUCAUUUAUCUUCUUUUUUUUUCGAAAAGUUGGAAAAAGAUGCAUUUGUGGAAACAAGGAAAGAUAGAGAGAAAUAAAUGAUAUCGAAGAGGGAAACUUUCUGGAUUAGAAACUUGUAAUUUAGAGGUUAUCGAAAAUAAUUGGAAUACUUUUUAAAACAGUUAAUUUUGCCUCAAACCGAAAGACACUAGAGCGCAAUUGUAGAAUUCAUAAAUCUAAGAGAAAAAAAAUUGAUAUUUUUUUCACUUUUCAAAACUUUUCUUUUCAGAAAUACAAGUUCUGUUUUCUUGCUCCUUUCGAACGAUAACAUGUACAUAACUCACCAUUUUUUUCUCACAAAAAGUUAUAAAAAAAUGACAUCCUGCGGCCCCAAAAAAACACAACACAAAUACAAACUCGGCGGAUUUUUUUAUUGUUAACGCCCUUUGCGCCUCGUCAUUUUUUUCCCGUCAUUCAUUCAUUUUCACGUCGAAAAAAACGUGUUUCGAACCGUUGAAUGAAAUCUCCAAACAAAAAUUUCUUUCGAGACAUGAGCGAAUAAACUUCUUUCGAAAGGUUGUGUACAAUUGCUAACCUGACCGCUGAUUAAUUUCUAAGCAAAAAUAUAAUUGAUACUUUAUCCAUGAGGUGAUGAAUGGUCUCCUGAGCCCACGAGUUAUAUUCUUUAAAAAUCUCAUUUAUUUUUUUUCCUUCACCCUCUUUAGGCGAGUUAGCUUUUCUUAUCUUUCCUUUAUUAAAAAAAAUAUUUUUACUUUAUUUUUUUAGUCAAUUUACGACUUGCUUAAUCCAAUAUUCGAAGAAUCGAAAAUUGUUUAAGAAACCAUUUUUUUCAUUUCAAGCUAGAGAUAGCGAGUGGAUUGAUGCAAACUUGAUUCACUACAGAAUUUCCAAACAGUGGAGUAAAUCGAAACUUUUUUCGAAGGAUUCUUUUAAGAAUUAGCUCUGAUUAUUUUUUUCUGUCUAAUAAAAACUUUGAAAGUUUGAAUUUUUUUUUUCUUGCAGACGAACGAGCCAGUAUUCGUCCCGCCGCCGCCGCCCCUUGACUCAGACCACCACGAUCACCACGACAUGACGCGAAAACCGUUGCCUCGUCUGGCGCACUUGGUCCGUCUUUUUUUUUGAAAAUGAAUAAAACAACUACCUCUUUAAGGUGAAAAAUGAGACGACCGACGAGUUCGGCUUCAACCUCCAUGCCGAGAGACAUCGCGGACACUUUAUUGGUAUAUUUUUUUAAAGUUCUGAUACUUUGAUUUUAGCUAUGCUCCUUUUUCAACUUCACUAGAGAAAAUAUUUAUGAAUUGUAGAAUUUGAAAACUUCUUUUAUUGCGAGUCCUCGACUUUUCCAAAAGAUUGAGUGAUUCUCUCCUUAUGGCGUAUUUUGCUAGGAUCAUAUCGGGAAUAUCAAGCUUCGUGGAAGAAUGCGAAAGUCUAAUGUUCCCUUGAGGUUUUGUGGAGCCUCGGAAACUCUCAGAAGCCCUCUCAUAUAUUUUUCAAACUUGGUCGAGUUUUUAUCGUUUCAGGCACAGUCGACGCUGGCGGUAUCGGCGAACGAGCCGGCCUGAGGAUGGGACAACGAAUCGUUGGCGUCAACGACGUGCUGAUCUUCCCCGACACGCCGCACAAGGAGGUCGUCGCGCUCAUCAAGAAGUCGCCGACGAGCACGACCCUUCUCGUCGCUUCUGAAGACGUUGACAAGUUGGUGACGUCAUCGAAACGGGUUAUACGCUGUGACGUCAGAUGGCACACGUCGCACCAUGUGCCGUACUCGUUCGAAGAGGCAGAACACUAUCCAGAGCCGCCAAAGUCCCGAACUGCCACCGCCGUCAGUCAGCAUCCACAGAAACUCAGUCCUCAUGUACGUUUCUCGAUAGGGACAUCUGUAAUCAGAAAAUCAAUGUUUCGAACUUCUUUCUUUCACGUUUUUAGCCGCAUCUUCAAAGCAAGGCAUGAAAUUUGUAUUUUUUUUUUUGUCUGUCUAAGCCUUGAUGAUACUUUUUUUUUGCAGUUAUCGAAUCUAGAAUUUUAUAAAUUCGACUGCUAGUCAUAAUUUCAAUAUUUCAUAGUUUCUCUGUCGUUGUAAGUUUUUCAAACUUCUUUGCCGGUGUUUUGAAGAAGCAAAGACUAUAAGUAAAAUCAAGAAUUAAAAACUCCUUUUUAGUUAACCGAUAUUGGUGUCUUUUCAGAGCGUAACGUAACACUAGAAAGUUUAAAAUAUCCGGGAAUGUCUAUUCUGAUUUUUAGAUUACUUUGUAAUUCUUUUUUUUUUUCAUGAGAUAAAUCGUGGUAAGUAGUGCUUUAAUUCACUGUUAGAAUAAUUUCAACCUCAGAAAUUUGAUCGACUAGUUCUAAAAAUUUAAACCAACUAUGAAAAACCUGUGAAAUAUUGGGAGAAUCUUUAUGGCUUUUCCAGAAGCCUAAUCAUCAAAAAAUGUAAACUACGUAAAAGAAAAAUUCCAACAAUGCGUUUUUUUUUUCACUUUUUUGUUUCAGAGCAUCCAAGUUGGCGACGAGAUGGAGGUCGUCCUCCACCACCAGGUACAUCGUGUCCCUUGUUCUUUUCUCAAUGUGAGUCCUGCCGUCCGUCCAAACUUUUCGCGUUUUUCUUCUAAAUUCGUUUUAGCAUGGCAUUUUACGGCACGGCAUGGCUCCAGGAAAGUAAAUGUCUUUUCCUGAUUUUUUUUUUUCUUGAAACAUGUCGGUUUUAUGUGUUUCUUUAUGCUUCCCAAUGUUUCUGAAUGGAAUGACGAAAUCUUGGAAUGCAUCUUGAGAUGGAACGGUUCCGUUGGAAGAGGGUUGUAAAAACAUUUGAGAUAUGUAUUUAAGAUUGAAAGGACGAUUUGUUCAACUUCUUUUAGUUUCAACUGUAAUCAUUUCUUUUUUCUGUGCUUUAAUUGGGAGUUUUUGGCUCAGAUUUUGGAGUUGCGGGUCUGAAAAUUGAAAUCUUUUUCAAGCGUUAGGUCACAUUAUCUCAUUUUUUUUCUUUUUAAUUGCAAAAUAUCUCCCACGGUUCCGACAGUCAUUUAUGAUGUCAAAAAGAAGCUUUGUGAUGCAAAUUUCUAUUCUGCUUUUUCUUUUGUGUGUCUUUUGAGCUGAAAAACGAAUCGACUGGUUUCGGAGCUAUAGUCCGACAGGAACAUUAUCCAGUUUUUGUUUCUUGUGUGUUGUUUGGUUUUUUCGUUUUGAAGAAUUUUCAGUGAGGAUCUAACUAUUUGAAAAACUUCUCAAUAGUAAUUGGUGUUUAUUGAGUUUAUGACUUUCGUUUAACUGGAGUUUAAUAAUUUUCAAAAAAGGGCGUUCUUGUUUUACCAGUCGAUUCAAAGACAGUCUUUGUUCGAAUACUUUUUCGUUGCUUGGAAUGCAUUUUCUUUGCUCAGCCGAAGCACCACGACAACGAUAGCGAAGAGGAGUACUUCCACGACACGCAGCACGGACACGCGCCGCAGCCGCAGACGCAGCUCCAUACCUACGAUAUUCCGCCGGCGGAAGGCACCGACGACUUGCUCAGCCAGGUGUUCGGCAACGUCCAGCUGCAGCCCGUCGCCGGCGGCAACGUCAUCGUCGAGUCUCGGACCGUCGAGAUGGGCCAUCAUCAUCCGCCCUCGUCAACGGCGUCGAGUGUCGCCUCAUCGCAUCGCGAAAGCGCCAUCGAUGUGCCGCCCAGCCAUCACGUAUGCUUGGUUUCUUGCGUUUCCAAAUAUAUUCUAUUUGGUCAUAGCUUUUUCUUUUGGUUUCUUAGAUGCUGAUGUGUUUUGGAUAACAGAAUUGAGAUUCAAAGUUGCCUGAGAGUUUUUUUUUCGCUUCGGAAUGAUAAUACUAAUCAAAAAUAUUUUUGGGAAGCGUUUUUUUAUAAUUCAUAUUUUAAAUCAAUUUUUUUCUAAUAACUUCUAAUUUGCUGUUGGAAUGAACUUUCUUAGAUUUUUUUGAUCACCUUCUAUAUAGGAUAUUAUCUUGUAUUUGGGGAAAAACAAAGAAGCCAUUCGACAUGAAAUUCCAUAAGUUGAGCAAAUGAAAAGUUUUUGGGAAAAGUUUUUGGAUUUGAUUGAUUACAGUACGUGCCCUCGUACGGUACACAAACGCGCGACCACGUGGUUCCUUUCGCUCAGCAGCCGUCGCCCCUGAGCAACGGCAGCAGCGUCGGAUACGCCGGCAGCACCGGCUCCGGCGGCUACGACGACGACAUCUACCAUCUCUCGGCCAAGGAGGCCCGCGAACGUCUCCGCAACCGCAACAGGAAGCAGCGAGCGUUCGUUUUUUCUAUGAUUCUUCCCUUUUUAUGUUUUGAAGUACGCUAUCUAAAAAAGGCGAAGUUUUUGACUUCUUAUCAAAAUAGUCUGAAAAAAAGAUUGCGAUACCAUGUAAGUAUUGUUUUUUGAAAGUAUGCAACAAGCAGGAAAUGUAUUAGAUCUCUGCCGUAAUAUGACGACGUUUUUUUUUCCAUUUCGUACAGCCCAAGUAUGUUUUAAUCCACCAAUUUACAUGAUUCCAGGCUGGACAUGAGUCUGAACGAGAAGUACGAGCUUGUGAGCAACAUGUAAACCUCUCCAUGACCAUUUUCGAUUCGCAAAGUUUGUUUAUCCGAAAAACUAGUCGACUUUCUUUCUUGUCCCUUUGUCUUCUAAUUUCUAUCAUGACGUCACCGUGUACUUCCUGUGAUAACGAGAAAACUCCCCGUUUGUAAAAGUUGUUUCUUUUCUUGUAACCUUUUUUGCUUCGAAAAGAGCUCCUCGUAGUACUAAUUUCUUUCCUUCUUUUCCUCCUUGCUCAAAACGAUUCGCCAACACACUUCAACUACUGACACUGAUUACAUCUUUCACUUACUCUUAUUAAUUUUAUUAUCAACAUUGUUAAAGCGAAUGAGAGUAAUAGAAGAAAAUGUCUAUUUCCACACCCUUUUUGUGCCAGGAAAUUGCCCCAAUAAAUCUUCUAUAGUGACCACUUUCAUAUAGUCCUGUCUCUUUGUUUUUUUUUCACUAUUUAUCUUCCAGACACCCAAUUUUCUUGUGCAAUAACUUUACUGCGCCGCCGCCCAGAACUUUGUUUUUGAGAGUUGAUAAAUAUUUUUGGAAAAGUGCUUUGAUCGGAGAACUUGAGCGCUGAAGUUUGGUAAACGGUAGAUUCGAGAACUAAUUGAAUGGAUUUUUUUAAAGUUGAAAUUGGCAUAAAAUAGUCGGAACUCAGUUUUAAAAAAACGGAUUAAUUCAUCUCUUCUUACGUUUUUUUUGUCACAAAAGCGGCUUUCAAUCAUCAGAAGGCGUCGCAUGUCUUCAUCCGCCCCCUCGAUCAUAAAAAAGCGGACAAACAUGGUGUGGGAGGCAGAAGGAACCGGUCGGACAUCUCCUCCAGCUUCCUCCAGCUUCCUCGAAUCUCCGCCAGCCAAACACCCAAAUGGACCGUGCGUCGGUGGCAACGUUCGCCAGCGUCGCGUUGAGCAUCGGAGCGAUCGCCGCCUGUGCCGUCGUCGCGUCUCGGCUCUGCGACGACAUCAAUGGCUUCUUCGAUGAGACCUUCGCCGAGUUCAAGCAGGCCCAGGUCAGAAGGCUUUUUCAAUGGUCUCUCAUCUUAAUUAAUUACAAUCGAUGGAGUUUUUAUACUAAAAAAAUGUAAUUUCUCCGCUUUUAAGGAUUUUUGAAUUCUAGGUGAAGCUAUUGGGAAAUGAGAUCGACCACCUCGAGCGGAAACUUAAUCGGAUAGAAAGUUAGAAAUAAUGGUGUGAAAAAUUUAAAAAUAGGCGUUUUGAGGGUUUGAAAUUAUUUUGAUGAUCCUGUGUGAAAUUCUAAUCCUAAAUAGGGCGCAGGCUUGGCCUGCGCCUAAACCUCGUUAUGUUCACAGAAUACCUGAACCUCGAAAAAUGCCAUAAUGAUCCAAAAUCUCCAGAUGUCAACUGACGACGCCUGGAACGAGGUGAUGCACGUGAAGAAGAACGAAGAUCAAAGCGAAUUCAUGAAAUUCGCUCGACGAGAGAAAAGAGAAGACCUGCCGAGCCACUGCAACUGCCUCGCGCAGCACAAUUGUCCGCCAGGCCCCCCUGGAACACCUGGAAAAGAUGGAGAAGACGGAAGUGAGUCUGUUCAGAGGGAGAGCCUGAUUAGAUAUCGACUUUUCCAGGACCUGGAGCUCCAGGACCCCGUGGGGCGAAUGGAAUGAGUGGCGUCGAACUGGCGAGGGACAUGCGUGAGGACUCAGGCUGCAUCAAGUGUCCUGCUGGUGGUUCGUUCUUUUUUAUCUUUUCGAAGUUUGAUAUGAUGAAAAGAUUUUAAAACAAGGUAAUUGCCGGAGAGAAAACUGCUGUUCUAGAGAAAUAUUAUCUGAGCUUCACUGCCUCUUUGAAGAUUGAAUGGAGGAUGCCAGUAAUGAAACGGGAUAUCUUCUUGUUGUAUUGCAGCCCCAGGCCGACCAGGACCUCAAGGACUUGCCGGACUGCCAGGACCACGCGGAAACGACGGAAAGCCUGGAAAUCCUGGAAGAAUCGGAGCCAGAGGACCUGUUGGAGAACCCGGAAAUCCUGGUCUUCCAGGUACGAGUCUAUCUAAUUUUACUCUUCUAGCCUAAACGUUCAGGUACUGCUGGAGCGCCAGGACGUAUGGGACAUCCAGGUCGCAACGGCGUGAAGAACUUGCCUGGACCACCAGGCCCACCAGGAUUGCCGGGUCCGCGAGGCCCAGCCGGACCGACAGGAGAGCCUGGAGUCGCCGAAGAAGGACCAGACGGACUUCCAGGUCCAGGAGGACCUCCAGGAAUGCCAGGAAUGCCCGGGGCGAUGGGAAAGCCUGGUCCUCCGGGUCAGCCCGGAAUUCCUGGACAUGACGGCGCUUAUUGUCCUUGUCCGCCACGAGAACAGCUUAUGGUAGAGAUGGCCAACGAGUCAACUUUUGUCGAAUCGGCGCAUCUCGAGCAGGAGGAACCGCAAGAAGACUACAAAGGUCCUGGAGGUUCGUUAUGACUAUUUUUUGACGUCUCCACAACUUGCCACUCCUGAAAAAGUUUGACGUGACUGUUUCAGACAAGAAGACGAAAAAGAGCGAGCAAAGUGUUCCAGUUGUGGCAGAGCAACACGAAGAAACCUACGAGAUGCGAUUCCCUCCGAAUUUGUUCGCCGUUCAAUGA